GUAUCGCGUGAGAGCUGCAGCCAAAGGGGAGGCGGAAGUGACGGCCGGUUCGCAGCCACCGGCAGCAGCUGCGAGGGUGAAGCCAGAGUGGACUGCCUUUCUGGAGCAGUUACUCAUUCUCAGGUGUCACCGAGAGCUCAGGCGGUGACCACCAUCACCUGUCCCCAGAACAGCUCUUGGUAUUCGCUUCUGUUCCCGGUUAUCCCAGAAUUAAAUUCUGAGUUCAUCUCAUAAAAUUCCAGGGAUCAGCAUCCGCUCCAUUUCUGAACCAAGGCUGAGCUAUACCAUUUAGAAGAAUGGAAGCUAAUGCAUCUGUUGACAUGUUUUCAAAAGUCCUGGAAAAUCAGUUGCUUCAGACUACGAAACUAGUAGAAGAACAUUUGGAUUCUGAAAUUCAGAAACUGGAUCAGAUGGAUGAAGAUGAAUUGGAACGCCUCAAAGAAAAGAGACUUGAGGCACUAAGGAAAGCUCAACAGCAGAAACAAGAGUGGCUUUCAAAAGGACAUGGGGAAUACAGAGAAAUCCCUAGUGAGAGAGACUUUUUUCAAGAAGUCAAGGAGAGUAAAAAAGUGGUUUGCCAUUUCUACAGAGACACCACAUUCAGGUGUAAAAUAUUAGACCGACAUUUGGUGAUACUGUCUAAGAAACAUCUUGAGACCAAAUUUCUGAAGCUGAAUGUGGAAAAAGCACCUUUCCUUUGUGAGAGACUGCGUAUCAAAGUCAUUCCCACACUAGCACUGGUAAAAGAUGGAAAAACACAAGAUUAUGUUGUUGGAUUUACUGACUUAGGAAAUACAGAUGACUUCACCACAGAAACUUUAGAAUGGAGGCUGGGUUGUUCUGAUAUUCUCAAUUACAGUGGAAAUUUAAUGGAGCCACCAUUUCAGAGCCAAAAGAAAUUUGGAACAAACUUCACAAAGCUGGAAAAGAAAACUAUCCGAGGGAAGAAAUACGAUUCAGACUCUGAUGAUGAUUAGAAAUUAGUUAUAAUUCUUUGUAAAUUGUCUUUUUAUUUCUGCUUACUUCAGAAUUAGAUGUGUUUUCUAAAUCCCAUUGGUUUUGAUACAUUGGUCAUCUAAUGGUCAUGUUCUAGAGUUUUGUACAGUUUCAUCACAUUGAAAGACAUUUUCAGUAUUUUCUGUGUGGCACUCAUGUUUAAGUUGAGGAAAACUUCUGAGUUCUUAAAUUAUCCAGCAAGGGUCUGGAUUCUCUAUUUUUGAGAUUGAUUUUAUCACAAUAUGAUUCUUAUGUCUUUAUAUCAUUCACAAUUGUGUUUUUAAUCUACUGGAUUAGAAAUAGGAAUUCAGCAAACUAUUCCAGGACUAAUUCUUACACAGCGUUAUUUACUUUAUACAACAGGUCAGACAGCAUUUACUGGUGUAACAGACUCACUUGUAAAUGAAUUAUAAACACUCCUUACUUCUGGAAUAUAUUUAACUAUUAAAGAACUGCCUAUUUAUUCUGUA